UGGAUGUUCCAUCUCUGUCUGUCUGCGUGGUCAAUCAUGGACUAUUCCUAUCUAGACGACAUGAUGGUCUAGUCUAGUCUAAGACAUGAUGGUCUAGUCUAAGACAUGAUGGUCUAGUCUAAGGUCUAGUGUAGUCCAGUCUAGCCCGAGAACGCCAUCACAGAAGUAUAGCAUCCAUCCAGGCUGAGGCUGGGAUUGUCGCUCACGUCGCCUGCUGUGAAGACGCAGCAAUAGCGUUUUUUUUUUUUUUUUUCCUUUCCCCCCACAUUUAGUGUUCGUAUUGUUGAUAUCUGCCUGCGUCGCCAUGGGAGAAGUCACGGUACCGGUACCGUCUCGCGUGGUCGUGUCCGCGUGACAACUUUAUUGUUUAUUCUCCUCGUUUAUUUCUUCAUUUCAUCAAUGGAAGCGCGCCUUUUUCUGGGAAAUUCCCGCCGUUUCGCGUCUUAAUGAUGUUCACUUUCGCUGCCUUCUGCUACAUGUUGUCUCUGGUGCUCUGCGUCUCCCUCAUCUUCUUCGCCAUUUGGCACAUAACCGCAUUCGAUGAGCUGCAGGCUGACUUCAAGGUGCCGAUAGAUCAAGGCAAUCCUCUCCAUGCGAGGGAGAGACUGAGGAACAUUGAGAGGAUUUGCAACCUGCUGAGAAAGUUGGUGCUGCCGGAAUAUUCCAUCCAUGUUCUCUUCUGCAUCAUGUUCUUGUGUGCCCAAGAGUGGCUGACUGUGGGCCUCAACAUCCCCCUGCUCUUCUACAACACCUGGAGUAGGUACUUCCAUUCCCCGACGGACACCAAGGAGCUGCUCUACGACCCAGCGUCGGUGAUGAACGGAGACACGCUCAAGUUCUGCCUGAAGGAGGCCUGGUGCAAGCUGUCCUUCUUUGUCCUCUCCUUCUUCUACUAUCUCUACUGUGUGUGGAACCUGGAUAUAUCCCUCUAAUAGGUGGGAACACUUCAAGUAUGAUCUACUCCCUGGUUACCUCGUAACAACCCACUCCUGGAGAGACUCAGGCCACACUAACUGCCAUAUUUACCGGAGUUUCUUUUUGUAAACCAAGCAAAGAGAGUUU